AUGUCAACUCAAGCCAAGGCCAGACGUAUUGCAGUGUUAGGAACAAGAGCCGUUGGCAAAUCUUCGCUUGUUAUCCAAUUUUGUGAAAAUCACUUUGUUGACAGUUAUUACCCGACCAUCGAGAAUACAUUUACAAAGACCAUCAAGUACCGAGGCUUAGAAUACAAGGUGGAAAUCAUGGAUACAGCGGGUCAGGACGAGUACUCUAUACUAUCAUCACAUCACGCAUCGAGUAUGAACGGCUACGUACUAGUCUACUCCAUCUCGUCCAAAUCGAGCUUUGACAUGAUCAAGAUUAUUCGAGACAAGAUUUUAGAUUUCACUGGAUUAGAAACGGUGCCUUGUGUCAUUGUGGGCAAUAAGUCUGAUUUGAACAUUCAGAGACAAGUUACUACACAAGAAGGUUUAGAAUUGGCACAGCAAUGGAACUGCCCUUUUGUUGAGACGUCAGCAAAGCAUGAUGAGAACGUUUCCAAAAUUUUCGACUCGUUGAUUGCUUCCAUUGAAAAGGCGAAUAAUCCACCUCCAGAAGAGAAGGGUGGUUGCGUUCUCAUGUAG